AUGGCGCCAGCUCAGUGGCCAGAAACACCCUUCAUCCCCAAGCAAGCUCAACCCAAGAGCGCAGAGCUCUUUGAACGCAUAAUCGGCAACUCAUCUGAAAUUGUGGCGCAGCAUAUCCUCAGUAGCCGCCUCCCACUAAUUCCUGCAAAUUCUGUAAUUCACGAUAACGGCUGCGGCACCCUUCAAGUAACCAGUGAAAUAUUCACACCCACAGCCAGCAACCCCUCCCCACCACCCAACAUCACAAUCCACGCCACAGACUCCAAUGUCUACCAAAUCUCCGCCGCGUCGGCAAAGGCCCUCUCCAAUAAUUGGCCUGUUCAAACAGCCGUUAUGAAAGCCCAGGAACUCACAUUCCCCUCGGACUUUUUCACACACUCCUUCACCAACUUCGUCAUCAUGGGACUCACCAACCGGCCCCUCGCAGCACAACAAAUAUACCGUACGCUCAAACCAGGGGGCGCAGCCGUUGUAGUGACAUGGGCAUAUAUGCCACACGAUAUCCCUCUUAAGAAAGCGCAUCUCGCUACGCGAAGCCAGGAUAAGGAAUUGAGGAUUCAGUGGGGUGGCGAUUUAUUGCUGGAGAGUACGUUGAGAGAUUUUUAUAGGGAUGGAGGGUUUCAGGAUGAGAAGGUUGAUAUCAGACCCUUCGAGCUGUGGCUUGAAGCUAAGGAUUUGAGAGCUUGGGCAGAGGGGUUGUGGAGCUUCCUUGGGGAUACGGAGGAAGGGUGGAGUAAGGAGGAUGAGGAGAGAUGGGAGGAGGCGAUUCAGAUUGUUGUUGAGGAGGUGGAGAAGGAGGAGGCUUAUGUGAGAAAUGUGAAUGAAAAGGGUGGGAAGUUGAGAUUUAUUGCCCAUGUUGGAUUGGCGACGAAGUAG